UUUCAAAUGUGUACGGUACAGAUCUCCGGAAAGACACGUGCGGUUGUUACCUGAGUAUUUUGUCGCUAUGACCGUCAAUGAUCCAGAUCACUGUUUUGUAUACAUAAGUAUCUGCGGAGUUUCGCAACUGCAAGCUUCUUUAAAUAUUUAUCCAAAUGGAUCUUGUUUACAAGCUGAACAAAAGCUGUGGGACAUCCUGUAUUUCACGAAAGAUUCUCCAACCUCUGACGUAUUCCUUCAUGGAUUAAUUUCAAAAAUUGCCCUAUUUCGUCAUUGUUUAAAUGUUAUUGGUUCUGAACGUUUGUUCCUGGCAAUCGAUAAACGACCAACUAGUCAUCCUCUGAUUACUGUCAGCAAUCAUCAUUCAUGUCUUGAUGAUUUCUUCCUAAAUGGCUCUUUGUUACCAUUAAAAUACUUUGCUAAUGUCGCAGUAUGUCGUUGGUGCUUGACAGCUGUAGAUAUAUGUUUCACAUCAUGGUGGCAUAAUCAAUUUUUCUUCUGGUUCAAAGGAGUCCCUGUAUGGCGAAGAGUUCAUGAUCCGUUAUCUGGUAAGAUAACACAUUUCGGUGGUGGAGUAUAUCAGCCUAGUAUGGAUUUCUGUAUAGAUUUAUUGAAUUCUGGUCAAUGGAUUCAUGUAUUUCCUCAGGGUAGAAUCGUCCAACCACAUGAACGUAAUUCAGAACAAAAUAUCCGCUUACGUUGGGGAAUUGGACGAUUAAUAGCAGAAUCAAAAGAAGAUCCUAUUAUAAUUCCAAUAUGGCAUUGCGGUUUGGAUGAACUUAAUCCAUCUGAAGUACCAAAUACUUCUGUUACUCUAAGACGUAUAUUCGGCAAAUCGCGCCGUGUAACUAUCGGUAUCGGUCAACCGAUUAAUGUGUGUGAUUUACGUCAACAACUAAGGCAUAAUCUUCGUCAGUAUGAAACAUCCUCAGAAUUUCGUUCUAGCAUACACAGUACAUUUACUCAAGUUGUUCAAAAUCAAAUGUAUAAACUCAAAGAAGAAACGGAAUAUGAACAUCGAAAAUUUUCCUCAACGUCAUAGCUAUAUGUAUAUAUCUAUAUAUUUUGUAGUACAUAUUUUAUUUUUUACAAAUAGUUUCUUUAUUUUGUACUUUUAUUUACCUAAUUUCUGUAGCAAUUAUUGAGCUCAUAAAUUGAUUACUCAGGAAUGAUCACACUUUUUUUUCUUUUUUCAUUGUUAGUGGAAACUUUAUGGUUACCGACCGAUAAGUACAGUAAAACAAGAUAUUGAUUGGCAUUGAGUCAUACCUUAUAUUGCGAUGACUAGUAGAGUAUUAAUGAUAUAAGUAUAAAACUUGGGCACUGUGGUAGAGUAUAACUCCAUUAUGAAUAAAUUUUUGGUUUGAUAGAAUCACAUAGUGUUAUACAGUAAUAUUUAUUGAUGGCGCUUUGACCACAAAUUAUUACUGCUCAUAAUCAUAUCAAGGCUCUACUCACACAACUUUCUUGCUUCACUUAUAUACACGAGUAAAAAUUGAUGAUUAGACAGUUGAA